AUGUUUGCUAUCCCACCUCCACCUCCACUGGGCGUACCACAUCCACCCUUUGAUCGAGAUAUUUCACCUCCACGUAAAAGAACUCGCACUUCACCUGAACAACUCGCCAUUCUCGAGAAAUCCUUCAGCACCAACCCUUCACCCAAUAACCGUGUGCGUGAACAAUUAGCACAUCAACUCUGUAUGCCCGAAAGAUCCAUUCAAAUCUGGUUCCAAAACCGUCGCGCCAAAGUCAAGAACCAGGCAAAACGUAACGUGCAAAUGAAGGAUUCGGCUCUUUAUAUUCAACAGCAGUAUGCCGCUAGUGCUGCUGCUGCUGCUUGCCAAUCCGCUGCAUUUCAACAACAACGUGACACCAUUGAUCCUAAUUUAUAUUACUAUUAUUACUAUUAUUAUUUCCAUCAACAGAGACAGUUGGAUCCAAAGCCAACCGCUUCCUAUUCCACACCCACCAGCUCAGGUUGGUCCUCCUCCACACCCGAUUUGACCUUAUCCGCUUCUACCUCCAGUUCUUCCAUUGGCUCAGACAAUCUUCCUCGUCGCCCAUUAUCCCUUCGAUCCUCUUCUUCUUCUUCCUCCUCCAUGUCUUCUUCGCAUCAUGAACGCACAAGAGCUCAUUCCGUUGGUCCUUAUCCAUACUAUAGAAAAUCAACACCUCAAGAAAGACAUUCGUCUUUGGGCCCUCCUCCACUGCCGUCAUUAUAUGGUGGCAUUCCUGAUUCCAGAUUGUACAAUUCUACCAUUAUUGAAGAACCGUAUCAUAUCACGCCCUCAGUAGUAGUCGUAGGAGGAAUUAUGAAACAGAGGUAUAACCUUUCUGCACAGACAUUACAAAUUGGUAGCUGGAAGCGAGUAAGCGACCUAAACUGCCAGAUUGAUCUUCAGGGACGUACACUCCAGUGGACGAUUGGAGAUGAGCAACAGCAAUUUCGCAUUGAUAUUAAUCUGAACCUGGUGCAAUUUAUAAAGAAGAGUCAACACCGGUUAGAAUUUUUUUUGAGCUCACCCUUGGAGCUGAAAUUCUACAUGACGACCCAGGAGGUGUGGGUGCAAUGUCAUGAUUUUACACAGGAUAAACAAGCGUCCAUAGAAAACGUACAUGUGCUUGAAAGUAUGGAUGAUUUAUUGCAUAUUGAAUUUAUGGAGAUUUUGAUGCAGGCACCAGAACUCCAAUCACUCAUCAUUGAAGAAGAGGAAAACACCAUGAACAAUAACCUGUUAUUACUUCAAAGUUUACAUUUACCACAACAAUAA